UGGAGUCCAAGCUGUCCUAGAAAGUAACGGCCCAAUUGUCUUUGAGACUCCACUUCCCAGAAAGCUCAGCGUGUAGCGUGUGCUAUGGAGCCGCAAGUCGCAGAGCUCAAGCAGAAGGUGGAAGACACGUUAUGCCCUUUUGGCUUCGAGGUUUACCCCUUUCAGGUGGCCUGGUACAAUGAACUCCUGCCUUCAGCCUUCCACUUGCCCCUGCCAGGACCUACCCUGGCCUUCCUGGUACUCAGCACACCUGCAAUGUUUGACCAGGCCCUCAAACCAUUCUUGCAGAGCUGCCACCUCCAGCCACUGACCGACCCUGUGGAUCAGUGUGUGGCCUACCACCUGAGGCGAGUUACAGAGAGCCUUCCAGAGCUGCAGGUGGAAGUCAUUGCUGACUACGAGGUGCACCCCAAUCGGCGUCCUAAGAUCCUUGCCCAGACAGCAGCCCACGUAGCAGGGGCUGCUUAUUACUACCAACGACAAGACAUCGAGGCUGACCCAUGGGGAUCCCAGCGCAUAGCAGGCGUGUGCAUACACCCCCGAUUUGGAGGCUGGUUUGCCAUCCGAGGGGUGGUAUUACUGCCAGGGAUUGAAGUACCAGGUCUGCUACCCAGAAAGCCUCCCGACUGUGUACCUGCAAGAGCUGACCGAAUUACCCUGCUUGAAGGCUUCAAUUUCCAUUGGCAAGACUGGACUUACAGGGAUGCUGUGACACCCCAGGAGCGAUACUCUGAAGAACAAAAGGCCUACUUUUCCACACCACCUGCCCAACGUCUGGCCCUGUUAGGUUUAGCUCAGCCCUCUGAGGAACCUAGCAAAUUCCCUGAACUCUUUACCAAGUGUACCAAGGAGCCAGAGAAUACCCACAAAGGCCGAAGCUGGCUCAGCCCCAGUGCCUCACCACCUGCAUCCCCUGGCCCUUGAUCCCAUCAUCCCCUGUAGGAUCCCAUUUAUGGUGGAACUUGCCAGGUUUUCAAGAGUCGAAGACCCAAACAUCCAGAAACCUCCACCUGCCUCGGAGCAUGGGACUCUGCCUGUUAGUUCUAUGUAGCGCACCUAAGGUUAACUAAUUAGAGCCUGAGGGGCAACCAUCCUGUAGUGAUCACCUGAGUUGAAGGGACUGAAUAAAUGGUAUGUAAAGCACUUUGAAACAUGGCACAUGUAUGCUGGCUAGUUGCAGUCAGUGUGUUAAGUGGAGGGGUGGACUGGCUAGAGUGGUUCAUAAAAUGACAAUUACGUGAGGGAAAUUGUGACACCCAAGGGGACAAAGAGGACAAAUGAUUAACUUCACAAUUAUAGUUCUACCCAAGGCUACCAAUGCUGCUGUCGUCUCCCUUUUAGUUCCAAAGGGGAAAAAAAAGCCUCCAGUUCUCUUCUUUUACAGGGAUCUGAAGAGGCCAAGCUUCUGGUUCCCAGGCAGCACUCCCAGUUGUGAAAAUGUAGAUGUCCAAGUAACCUAUCUAUUGUGUACACCUACUGCCCUGGCCAACACUAGAGUACGGCUUGUUCUUCUCCCCCAGGUGUGUUAAAACAAAAAACACCAUAUUUCAGUUCCUUGGGUCUACUUGUAUCUCCCCAGUAUAAUUCUGAUUCUGAGGCAGUUCUCAUUCUUUCCCUGAAGGAGGGAAAACCCAAGGUUAUUAUUUCAGAAAAAAAAAAAAAAAUCAAGGUCUCAGUUCAAAUUUAUUAAGACACUACAAAAGGUCACUGAAUGGGGAGACACCCUGCUACUGGUAUAUCAAACAUUAACAGAUGGUCUACCCCACAGCACAGCUCAGGCCAUUACUACCAGUGGAAGAAAAGAUGAAAGGGUUUUCCCAACUCCUACAGGAAAGACAUAGUGCCCCAUACACCUUGUGUUUAAAGCAUGAAAAAAAAUUACAAAAGAGCUUUUAUUCUCAUGGCCCAGUCGGUGCUCACUUCUGCUUAGAGAAAUAUUCUUUGCUCUUCUGGACAUCAGGCUUGAUAGUAUCACUGCCAGGUUUCCACCCAGCUGGGCA